AUGACUGGCGACAGAACCCGAGCAGGCGUCUGGUCUUCUAAACCCCCACGCAGCCUUGACUUGAACAUGGACAACAUCAGCGUGUCGAGUAGCAAUGAUGACGAGACACUGCAUAGCCCCUCUCAAAACGCGUUUUUCCAAAGCUUCCCACGGGGCAUUUCCCCCAAAUAUCCAUUGAUCAAUUACGUCACGAACAAAUGGGAUACCUCCCGCUCAUCAAGAGGCCGCUCGCUUUCCACUACGUCGAAUACUUCAUUUGACCGGCAUCGAUAUUCGUGGAUGGCAUUUAUCCUGUCCAUCGUAACGGCGCCGCGGUUUCGACGGUAUAUGGUCGUAUACGCUGUCCUGGUGGUGUUCGCUUACGUAGGAUGGGACUUUUUCCUGCAACCAAUGCUAGAAGAACGCAAAGUUAUAAUCGAAUCGCUGGAUGUUGCGGCUAUGGAUAAAGUUGGUGGCUGGUAUGGGACAAACUUGCGACCGGAAUUUGCCGAUAUCGUGACAAUGAGAACUCUUAGUCCAGACUUCCUGCCACGCCUUGAGAAAAGUAGUCGCCGCCAGUCUGGACGGCGGCGCCUACUCAUUGUUGGCGAUGUACAUGGCUGCCAAUAUGAGUUGGAACGACUAUUGAAGAAAGUUUCGUUCGAUCAGACCGCCGGAGAUCAUCUAAUAUUCACUGGCGAUAUGAUCAGCAAAGGUCCUGCGAGUGCUGGUGUCGUGGACAUCGCUCGUGAAUUGGGAGCUUCAUGCGUCCGAGGUAAUCAUGAAGACCGUAUCUUGCUUUUGCGAUCAGAGAUGAAACUUCGCAAUAUCUUAUCACCAGAAUCCGUCGAUAGGAAUGAAACUGCCCAGUCCGAUGUGGCUGAGCGAAAAAUAGCCAGAGAAUUGAGUGACGAACAGGCAGCGUGGCUGCAAGAAUGCCCAGUGAUGUUGAAGCUUGGAUCGGUCACCGGUAUGGGUGACGUCGUUGUUGUUCACGGCGGACUGGUCCCUGGCGUGCCGCUUGAGAGGCAAGAAUUGACGAGUGUUAUGUCCAUGCGAACUAUUGAUUUGGAGACUCAUGUUCCAAGCUCGGGCAAAGAAGGCAUGCCGUGGUUCAAACUAUUCAACCAAUACCACAAGCUUCUAGUAACAGGACAAGAGCGAAUCGACUCUUCACCCGUCCCCACUAUGACUGUAGUAUAUGGACAUGAUGCCUCUACAUCGCUCAACAUACGCCAGUAUACCAAAGGUCUGGACUCCGGAUGCGUUUACGGCCGUAAACUGAGUGCGCUUGUCAUCGAGGACGGUGGAAAGAAUGAAGUUGUGCAAGUGAAAUGCAACGAAUAUGUGAAAUCGUGA